AUGGAGGCCGGGGACGGCGGCGGCGGCGGCCCCGGUCCCGGUCCCGGUCCCGGUCCCGGCCCCGGCGCGCUGGGGCUGGAGGGGAUCGAGUUCCUGCAGCACACGGCCGGCUCCCUGCUGUCCAGCUAUGGCUGGUACAUCCUCCUGGCCGCUGUCGCCGUCUAUGUCCUCUUCCAGAAGCUGUCCCAGCGCCUGGCGGCCCAGUGGGGCCGGCGGCCGGGAGCGGCUGACUCAGCGAUGGAUGCUGACAUGGUGGUGAGAAGGCAGGAAGCUCUGGCAGCAGCUCGCCUCAGGAUGCAGGAGGAGUUGAAUGCACAAGCAGAAAGAUACAAAGAAAGACAAAGACAGCUUGAAGAGGAGAAACGAAGGCAGAAGAUAGCGAUGUGGGAAAGCAUGCAAGAAGGAAAAAGCUAUAAAGGAAACCUGAAACUGAAUCAGCAGGAAGUAGAAUCUGGUGCCUCCACCUCAUCAGCAGUCCCGAGAUCUAAACCAACCAAAAGGCCCUUGCGAGAAGGUGGCUAUAACCCCCUGUCUGGAGAAGGAGGUGGAACUUGUUCCUGGAGACCAGGCCGGCGAGGCCCAUCAGCAGGUGGAUGAGGCUAACCUCCCUAGUGUCUCAUGUCACUAGCAGGCUUGAUCUUACCCACUGUCUAACUGCCUAUAGUUUGCUUGUCACAGUGACUUCUUUGGGACUGGGUUUAGUGCAGGUGUUAACAUCAAAACAGAUUUACAUCAUUUCCAAAUAGUAAUGAAGAAACUGAUGCCAUACAAGAAAAAUACCUGAUCCUGUUAGGAUGAAGAAAAACAGUUUUCCCUGUAGAGAGGAAGCAUUGUCUGCAGCCAGGGUGAACUGCCUGGGCUGAGAGCUGGGUUCUGUGGCUGGCGAUCCAAAAGUCUGGCCUCAGGCAAAUGUAAUUAUCUACACUCUGUGAAAUGAGGAUAUUUACCACCCUCAGACAUGUGUUACCAGAUUUGCUCUGUUUGCCUAGAAGAUACUUUCGAGGGGAAGGAUGUUAUCAUUGGCAGAUACCUUGGAUUUUAGGUUUAGGGACUUUGAGGCAAAACGUGAACUGACAGACGCCACAGACUUGCACCAAAGACCAGUUAUUUACUGCAGAAGAGUCUCUGUGACAAGCUGCUUUCAAUGAUGUUUUCCUUAUAAAUGGUACACAAACCAGUGAGGAUUACUGAUGGUAGGCAGCAGGUGGGGGGGGUUCUUGCUACCUUUUUUUUUUUAAUUAUUUUAUUUCAACUGCUUUGUAAAAACAAAACACUAUUAUUAUUAAAUAUAAUUGCAAACAAAACAUAACUCCAGUAUUUACAAUCUUGUGGGUUUCUGCAGCAUCUUUUUAUAUAGGAGGCGCAUGUUCUAGUGCAAUAAAUGCACGUAAAGGAAGAUGAGAGAUCACAUGAAAGGAUUUUCAUUUGACUACCACCAUAAACAAAAGGGUUUUUUU